AUGGCCCAUUUUUCCCUCACCGAAAUGCCGGACUUGAAGGUGACGGAUACGUUCCCGAAGAGUGGCCGUGUAACGGAAGUUUGCAAAGAAUGGCUGGUUCGGGAGGAUGGUGCCUUAGCUUAUCAACUACAGAAUCAAGAGAUUAGUGAACAUUAUAAAGGCAAUAAACAGCGCAACCAAAUCGUUCGCCAGGAUUUUCCUACCGCCCUUUCGGAGCAGAUCCGCGAAAAGGAGGAUGCAGAGCGACAAGCUGCUCUCUACCAUCAGAUGAUUAAUGAGCAAGAAGAAAUGGACGCAAAAGUAGCUCGAGAUAUUGCGGAGCAGCUGAACCGAGAGACUCAAGCAAAGCGACAGAUGGAGCUACAGCGUGGAGAACUGUUGGCCCGUAAGAUUCAGGAGCAUGCUAUCCUGGGUGACCGAAGACAUCCUUCCGGCGGUGCUGGACAUUCUGGGCGACAGCCCGUUCAGGAUCAAAAUCCAUUUCCACUGCCACCGCGCACACAUCCAAAGCCCAAGCAGGGAGCUUCAAACGGGGCUCAGGAGCUGCCGAAUAUCUCCAACUCGUCACACUUUAUGGCACACUCCCCAUCUCCCGUGACACAAAGCAAUGAACCGGGACUGCAUUAUGCUUCGUUGGAUUUGAAUGCACCGAAACGACCACCACCGCAACCAGUAUUCCAGAAUGGUAGGGCACCUCCGUUAAGCCCUACUCACCAUGUCGGAGGUUACCAGGAGCGUUCGGAAAUAUUUCCCCCUCCGGAACAACAGCAUCCGGCAGCAAACUUCAAUCAGUACUCGGACGACGAAGAACCCGCUGUUUCGAGUGGAUCCGGCACAGGAGGAGCAUAUGCCAACAUAAACCUUCACUCACACACACCGGAGAAGAAACAACCACCACCUCCAGCCGGUUUAGCGUACCGUCAAUAUGGCCGAACGAAUCGUUCACCUACGGAUAAUGUGGACAGUAUUCGUCCUUAUAAUAUGCCGCUCUCAAAUGAUGACUUCCAGUAUCAGUACCCUUUGCCACCGACGGUAAACAACAUAUCUGGUUCGUCUAGUAGAAACGGUGGGCAUACGUCUGGAGUACCCCGCUAUAGCCAUAACAACAUCGUACCGACUACAGAGGCUGACUAUCAGAACAAUACGAAUUUCAAUAAGAUGUCACCGGAAAAGUACGUUACUCCGACAUCAAGCCAUGGGGCGGGAGUUGGUACAGAACCACCUUUCGAAGGUGUAGCCUACCCUCGACGCAGCGAAGCACCACCCUUGCAGCGAACCGUGAACCCGAUCAAUUACAACCUGUACGAUGAUGAUGAUAUAGAGGAAGGAUUGGCGAGUUCCAGCAGUGGAACUUACACCGCAACACCCCUUAAUCAGCUUGGACUUCCUGUCGAUGCUGCACCAGGGCCGAGCAGUAGGUAUGCUAAUGGAGGAGCUACACCGAAAGGUGUACUUCAUCACCAUCAUCCGCAUCCACAACAUGGCAAUGGGGCGAUCUAUCAGAAUCAGCCACAUUCAUCGCAUGCCUCACCGAGUCACUCGAAAAACAGCAGCUACGACAAAACGGAUCGUAUUCGCACGCUACAGGAUCUAGGGUUACCGCCGGACGAGAUACAGGAGAUCGAUAUGCGGCUCGAGCAGGAGUUGCGUGAUGCGGAAUUGGCACGAAAGCUGCAGGAAGAGGAAGGUGGCCAGGUGGAUCAGGAAUUUAUCGACCGGAAGGUAGCGAUGGAAGCACAAGAUAAAGAGCUCGCUAAAAUGCUACAGGAACGGGAACGUGCCAAAGCAAAGCGUGCCCGCGAGAAGGCGCGCCUUAAGAAGGAGCAACGGAUGCAGCAACAGAAACAAGAACAACGUGCUGAUGGCACUGUAUCGGAGGAAGACCCAGCAGCGUUGGGUGAAAGCUCAGGAGAUCCGUCAAACCAUUCCCCACCGGGUACUGGUGAUGAUGAUGCUGCUGCUAUCGGUGAUGCUUCCUACUCGAACCCGAUCGAUAUGUUACAGCAACAGCAGCGACCACCAAAAUUGAUCUCCCCAACUGGAUCUUCCUCUGGUGCGAGAGGAUAUUACAGACCAACUGUUCCCGUACCAUCUGCGGAACACCCGCUGUACAAUCAUCGUACGCAGGGCAGCAUAUCGUCACACGGUUCUGGAUCGGGCAGCGUCAACAACAGCCAUCAUCAUCCCCAGCAAGCGAACCUACCGAUUGGUGGUCCGAUCAGUGAUGAAAACUACUCGAAUCCAGUUGAUAUGAUCAAGCAGCAGAAACAGCAACAGCAACUGUUGUUUCAACAACAACAACUCCUACAGCAACAGCAGCAACAACGCGGCGGACCGAACCUGAAACUAUCCGCCAACGUGCAACGGUUGGUGGAGAACGGUCGAAAGGAGGAUGAAAUUUAUGUGCUGCCCGUUUCGCAAGAAGAUCAUCCGGCUGUUGAUCUGCAUCCAUCGCAACGAACUCCCCCAAGGCCGUCAAUGCAGCCGGUUCAUGAUGCACGUGGAGUAAACGGUGGUCGUCUGGUUUCAUCGCCUGGUUCGAGAAAUCAAUAUAUAGAUGAUAAUAUUGCUGCAAAGAUUGAUCCAACGUUUGGUGGAACAGGAAUGGGGCAUUCACCAACCUCUACUGGUACCUCAUCAUCCGCCGCAAACACAUCACAGCCGGACAUCCUCGAAUUCUCUGAUCCCGGUUCCUCUAGUCCAGUACCGCCACCGUAUAUGCCGAUACAGGGAACACGCCGUAACAACGCGACCGAUGGAAAGAAGCGCAAACCAAAGGAACGAUGCGCUCAACAAUAGA